CGCCUUUGUCCGCAGGCGCAGUAUCGUUGCGGCUGGAGCUCGGUUGCUAAUGGAAGGUGGACGAUCCGACUGGGAACUCAAAGCAAGUGUCGACAGCAAGCGGAGUCAUCAGGAUCUGAAAAUCUGUGGCAUUUAACUGUGGAAGGAAAGAGGUUUGUCUGUUCUGUCUCUGGGAGCUUAUUUUUUGAUAUGUUUGUAACUCAAAAAGCAGCAAGAUAUUCAAAUUUUUGGUUAUGUUCCCCCUGGUUUUUGUGCUCAGUCCUAAGCCCUGCAUCUGAGAAAGGAGAUAUUGACCUGAGGAGGAGGAUAGAUUUAUCCAAAUAACACCUUGUCUCUGAAAGAACAGCCAUAUUUAAUCCCAAUCACCCACUUCAUGAUUUUUGGCUUAUAAACAGCUCAUUCUCAAAUACCUGCAAACUUCCUUUUAAAAUUCCUUAUGGACUUGAAUUCCAGCACCCCUUCAGGUGGGAUGUUCCAGAUCCUGACAACUGUGUUGAUCCUGAAACUGCUGAAGUCUGUGUUGAGUACAGACAGUUACAAAUUACUGAAUUGAAAGAUGAGAUGCUGUUGCCUGAGCUCCCGUUAAAGUGGAUUGAAACAGUACAGGAGACUGAGGCCAGCGUGGGUGUGAGGAGACCAUGAAAAUGACAAGGCUGCACUGACUGCUGCUUAGCUGAAUGAGAGUGCAUUAGAGUUGGGUGAAAACAGAGUGAGGUUAGACAGGGAGAAAAUGAAGCUGAAAGAUUGAUUGUGGAGCUCAGUCUCGGUCUGGGCAGUUUAGAAAGUCAUAUGGUCUUAACAGAAACAGAAUUUUCUUCUGGUUUUUAAAGAAUAUAUCAGCUUAAAUAAAGUUAGGGACUUUUGGUUAUAAUAGAAGUGCCUGAAAUGAAGGGGGAGGUCUGAGCUUAAUUAAAUUCUCCUUAAAGGGACAAACUAGCUUAAUCUGGUGAAAAGCCAUGACAAAAGACCUCAGACCCAUGGUGUGCUCCUCUUGCGCAACGUGGGAAAUAAGCAACUCUUCCAGUGUUGAUUAUUGUUAUGCGUGCAGGAAGGGUGUCCAUCUGUAGCUACUGGCUAACUGCUUUUGAGAGCUGAAGCUGUGGGUAGAACCAGUAUGGAGCAUCCACAAUACUGAAAAUGUUGUCGUAGCAUGUUUAACGGGUUGAUCACAUAACAAGUGUGGAUUACACAGAAAGGGAAUGAGUGACCAUCAGACAAAGUAAAAGGCUUGGGAGGGAAGUGCCAGAAUCCCUAGUCGUCAUCAUCCCCCUCUCAAACAGAUAUACCGUUUUGGGUAUUGUUUCGGGUGUUGGGUUGACUACUCGGGAAAGCAGCAUCAGCCAAGUUCAUUGUCACUUCAGAUGGCUCUGCUGCAUGGAAAGGAAGGAAAGUGAGCAGCAUGACUAUAGUGAUACGGGACUCAAUAGUAAGGGGUGCACAGAUGGAUAUGAAUCCAGGGUAGUGCGUUGUCUCCCUUGUGCCCGGAUCAGGGAUGUCAUGAAGCAGCUGCAAGAUAUUCUGGAUGGCAGGGUGAACAGCCAGUGGUCAUGGGACACAUAGGUACAAAUGACAUAGGAGAACAAAGGGAUGAGGACCAAUUACUUUAGAACUUUACCGAACCAUUAAACAGAACUGGUUUCGAUUCCACAAAUAACUAGGGUACAUAACCUAUCUUCACUUUAUAUUUUGUAAUCUAUCUCUGUCACUGUCUUCCUUUGAUCUUUGGAUGUAAGUAUUUGUUCAAAUUAUCCACAUAUGCUCCACAAUACUGGCCUCUCUUUUUACAACCUUUCUUUGCCCCCUUCCUGUGCAGGUGAUUCUUUAGAGUCUGUUUAUACCAUUUAUUGCUUUCUCUUCCCUAACGAUGCAGUGAACUGCUUUUACUGCCCUCAAACAUUUGCUCAAUGAGUUCAACUAAUCCUUUCACAUUAAUUUGUUGUUUGAAUUUCUAACUUAGUUACCUAAACAGUUGAGAAUACUGUAGGAUCAGACUCUUUCUUCUACUUUUUGCUAAGUAACAAACUUGGGAAUGUGGCUUAACAAGGUGUUUCAAAAAUACCUCUAUUAAAACCUUGUGUUUUAAACUGACUGUUUACAGAAACCCAAGUAAAUUCCCUAAUGUUUUUUCUCAACAGGACUCUUCUGUGACCCCCACGGGAUCUUUCAUUACCUAAUCCAAUUUCAAGUAUCUUGCUUCUUUUUCGUAGUCCUUCAGAGGGAUUGAAGGGUAUGGAGAGAAAACAGGAAUUGGAUUGUGUUGUAGAUGUGUAAAAUGCCUGUCCUUCCUUCCUGUUUCUCCGAACUCUAUCCUUUUCUGUAGUUUUGGGCAAACACUGACUGCUUCCCUUCCCUAAAGGACAUUUAUGAACCAGUUCAGUUUUACUGAUAAUUUCCCUAAGUGUUGGCCUUUAAGUUGAUCAGAUUAAUUUCUGAGUUUCACAGCUGGUGUGUGUUCUUCUGGUUUUUCUCUCUCUCUACUUUUUUUUCCAGUUUGAAAUUUUGAUACAAUUAGCAAAAUCAAACAAAACCACAUCCAGAUCCAGUCACUCUGUCAUAACCUAAUUAUUUCAAGAUUUUGAACAUUGAAGGAAACAACAUUGUUCACACCAGGGAGAAACACAUCAUCUGUGUGUGGAAGAGUCUGUGAAGUAAUGUCCAAACAUCAGCAAGAUCACACUAGGGAGAGACUGUGGAAAUGUGAGGAUUGCGGGAAGGGAUUUCUUUACCCAUCCCAGCUGGAAAUGCACCAACGUAGUCACACUGGGGAAAAGCCAUUUACCUGCUCUGAUUGUGGGAUGGGAUUCACUCAGUCAUCCAACCUACUCAAACAUCAGCGAGUUCACACUGGAGAGAGACCAUUCAUUUGCUCUGUGUGUGGGAAAGGAUUCAUGCAGACAUCUCACUUGCUGAAACACCAGCGGGUUCACACAGGAGAGAGACCAUUCACUUGUUCCAUGUGUGGGAAAGAAUUUUCUUUGUCAUCCAGCCUAUUGAUACAUCAGCGAAUUCACAAUGGGGAGAGUCCAUUCACCUGCUCUGUGUGUGGGAAAGGAUUCACUUCAUCAACCAACCUGCUGAGACACCAGCAAGUUCACACUGGGGAGAAACCGUUCACCUGUUCUGUGUGUGGCAAAGGAUUCACUCAGUCAUCAUCUCUGCUGGAACACCAGCAAGUUCACUCUGGAAAGAGACCAUUCACUUGUUCUGAAUGUGGGAAAGGAUUCACUCGCUCAUCUAAACUACUGGUACAUCAGCGAGUUCACACUGGAGAGAAACCGUUCACCUGUACCGAGUGUGGAAAAGGAUUUACUCACUCAUCCAACCUUCUGACUCACCAGCGACUUCAUACUGGAGAGAGACCAUUCGCCUGUUCGGAUUGUGGGAAAGCAUUCACUCGGACAAUUGACCUGCUGAUACACCAGCGAAUUCACACUGGGGAGAAACCAUUCACCUGUUCAGAGUGUGGGAAGGGAUUUGCUCACUCGUCCAACCUGUUGAGACACCAGCGAGUUCACACUGGGGAGAGACCAUUCACUUGCUCCAUGUGUGGAAAGGGAUUCACUCAGUCAUCCAAACUGUUAAUACAUCAGCAAAUUCACCAAGAAUCAUAGUUGAAGGAUUUUGCUCUAACUCAUAAUCAAGGAAUGAACUGUGAUCUUUGGGCUCUUUGUACUGAUGUUAUUAAUCCCUGCUCAAAACUUGACCUUCUGUUGGGGAAAUAAGGCAGGGCAGGUGACUGAGGUGUCAGUAGGGUGAUACUUUGGGGCCCAUGGUCAUAAUUCUAUCUGUUUUAAAAUAGUUGUGGAAAAGGACAGACCUUGUCUAAAAGUUAAAGUUCGAAAUUGGAGUAAGGCCAAUUUUGCAGGUAUUAUGCCCCUUAAAAGACCAGCAAGGCUGCCUAUAUGCAGAAACGCAGGCAAUGGGCAAGAUGUUAAAUGUUUAUUUCACAUCAGUAUGUACUGUGGAAAAGGAUAUGGAAGCUAGAAAAUUUGGAGAAAUAAACACUUUUUAAGAUGUAACUAUGUAUAUUACAGAGGAGGAGGUGCUGCACAUCUUAAAAACACAUAAAGAUGGAUAAAUGCCCAGAACCUGAUCAGAUGUAUCCUAGAACUCUGGGAGGUGAGGGAAGUGAUUGCUGGGCCCCUUGUUCAGAUAUUUGGAUGGCACGAUAGCUUAGUGGCUAGCACUGCUGCCUCUCAGUGCCAGGGACCCGGGAUUGAGACUGGGCUUACACUGCUGUCUGUGUGCAGUUUGUACAUUCUCCCUGUGUCUGCAUGGGUUUUCUCCCACAGUCAAAAGAUGUGCAGGUUAGGUGAAUUGGCUGUGCUAAAUUGCCCAUCAUGUCGAGGGUGGGAAAUGCAGGGGGAAGGUAGAGAGUGGGUUUGGGUGGGAUGCUUUUUGGAGGGUCAGUGUAGACUUGAAUGGGCUGAAUAGCUUGCUUCCACACUGCAGGGAUUCUAUGAUUCUACGACUUGUGUCAUUGGUUGUCACAGGUGAGGUGCUAGCAGACUGGAGAUUGGCUAAUGUGGUGCUGUUGUUUAAGAAAGUGGUGAGGAAAAGCCAGGAAACUUUUGAUGAGCCUGACAUCAGUUGUGGGUAAGUUGUUCAAGGGAAUUCUGAGACAUAGGACUUGCAAGUGUCUGGAAAGGCAAGAACUGAUUAGGGGUAGUCAACAUGGCUUAGUGCAUGGGAAAUUAUGUCUCACUAACCUGAUUUAGUGUUUUUGAAGAAGAGACAGAGAAGAUUGACAGCAGAGUGAUGGAUGUUAUCUGUAUGGAUUUCACUAAGGCUUUUGAUAAGAAUCCACACUGAGUUAACAAGGUUGACUUGAAUGUAGAGGAUGACGAACGAUGGUGGAAGUUUGUUUUUCAAACUGGAGGCCCGUGACCAGCGGUGUGCUACAAGGUUUGGUACUAGGUCCGCUGCUUUUUCUAAUUUUAUAUAAAUAUUUCCAUAUCAGAGGAAUGGUUACAAAGUUUGCAGAUAACACCAAAAUUGGUGGUCUCAUAGACAGUGAGGAAAACUAUCUCUGCUUAGAACAGGACCUUGAUCAGAUGGGCUGAGGAGUGGCAGUUGGAGUUUUAUUUAGGUAUGUGUGAGGUAUUGCAGUUUAGAAAGGCAAAUAAGGGUAGGUCUUACAAACCUAAUGGUGGGGUCCUGGCGAGUGUUGCCAAAUAGAGACCUUGGUGAACAGGUUCAUACUUCUUUCAAAGUGGAGUCGCAGGUAGACAUGGAGGUGAAAGAGGUGUUUGAUACACUUGCCUUUAUUAGUAAGUACAUUGAGUAUACGAGUUGGAAUCUCCUGUUGCAGUUGUGAAGGACAUUGGUUAGGCCCCUUUUGGAAUAGUGUUCAAUUCUGGUUUCCUUGCUCUCGAAAGGAUGUUGUGAAACUUGAAAGGGUUCGGAAAACACCUAAAAGGAUGUUGCCAGAAUAAGAGAGUUUGAUGGAAAGGGAGAGGCUGAAUAGGCUGGUGCUAUUUUCUCUGGAGGGUCAGAGGCUGAGGGGUGACCUUAUAGAGGUUUAUGAAAUUGAGUGGCACGGACAGGGUGAAUAGCCAAGGUCUUUUCACCAGGGUAGUGGAGUCCAAAACGAGAGGACAUAGUUUAAGAUGAAAGGGUAAAGAUUUAAUAGGGACCUAAAAGGCAACUUUUCCAUGCAGAGGGUGGUGUGUCUGUGGAAUGAGCUGCCAGAGGGAGCAUGGAAGCUGGUAUAAUAACAUUUAAAAGGCAUCUGAAUGAGCAUAUGAAUAGGAAGGGAUUAGAGGGAUAUGGGCCAAAUGCUACCAAAUGGGAUUAGUCUAAUUUGGGAAGUCUGGUUGACAUGGAUAAGUUUGACCAAAGGGUCUGUUUCUGUGCUGUGGAACUCUAAGGCUCUAAAGGUGCUGAAGUUGUAGAUAAAAUAGUGUCAUAGAGCUGCGCAGUAUGGAAACCAACCCUUCGGUCCAACGUGUCCAUUCGACCAGAUGUCCUAGAUACAUCCAGACCCAUUUGGCUCAUAUCCCUGUAAACCUUUCCUCUUCAUAUACACAUCCAGUUUGCUUUUAAAUUUUGUAAUUGUACCAGUUUCCUCCAAUUCCUAUGGCAGCUCACUUCAUACAUGCACCACCCUCUGCAUGAAAAUAUUGCUGCUGUAGGUGCCUCUUAAAUCUUUCUCCUUUCACCUUAAACCUCUGCCCUCUAGCUUUGUACUUCCCCCAUCCCAGGAGAAAAACCUAUCCAUACCCCUCAUGAUUUCAUCAACCUCCAAAAGGCCACCCCUCAGCCUCCGAUGUUCCAGGAAAAAUAGCCCCAGGUUAUUUGUAUGGCUUAGAAAGGAUGGGUGCUGGGAAGUUGUUUCCGUUAGGGAGGGAGACUAGGACCCAUGGGCAAAGCUUUGGAAUCAGAGGGGGUAAAUUUAAAAUGGAAACGAGGAGACAUUUCUUUAGCCAGACAGUGGUGGGCCUGUGGAAUUCAUUGCCACGGAGCGCUGUGGAGGCCGGGACGUUAAAUGUCUUCAAGACAGAGAUUGAUAAAUUCUUGAUCUUACAAUGAAUCAAGGGCUACGGGGAGAGUGCAGGGAAGUGGAGUUGAAAUGCCCAUCAGCCAUGAUUAACUGUCGGAGUGGACUCUAUGGGCCUAAUGGCCUUACUUCCACUCCUAUGUCUUAUGGUCUUAUUUAGCCACUCCCUAUACUUCAAACCUUCCAACCCUGGCAAUAUCUUUGUAAUUCUUUUCUGCACUCUUAAGUUUCACAACAUUCUUCCUAUAGUAGGCAGACCAGAAUUGCGCGCACAAUUCUAUAAGUGGCCUAAACAAUGUCCUGUACAGCCUGACCUCCCAACUCAUACUCAAUGCACUGACCAAAGAGGGCACAUAUACCAAAUGCUUUCUUCACUAUCUUAUUUAUCUGUCUGCAACUCCACUUUCAAGGAACUAUGAACCUGCACUCCAAGGUCAUUUGUUCAGCAACACUCCCCAGGACCUUACCAUUAAAUGUAUAAGUCCUGCCCUGAUGUGUCUUUCAAAAAUACAGCAACUCACAUUUAUUUAAAUUUAGCUCCAACUGCCACUCCUCAGCCUGUUAGCUCAUCUGAUCAAAAUCCUGUUAUUCUGAGGCAACCUUCGCUGUCCAGGACACCUCAAUUUUAGCAUAAUCUGUAAAUUUACUAACCAUAAUGCUUACAUUCACAUCCAAAUCAUCUUUAUAAAUAACAAAAAGGAGUGGACCAUGUUAGCUAACUUCUAGUCAUCUGGUACCCCAUCUGAGGCUAUUGAUACAAAUAUCUCAGUAAGAGAACCAGCAAUCACUCUCUUUGAUUCCCACAGGGGCCUUGAGUGCACUUGAUCAGAUCCUGGGGAUUUAUGCAUUUUAAACUGUCCAGCACCAUCACCUGUGUAAUAUGGACAAGUUUCAAGAUGUCGCUAUUUAUUUCCCUAUGCUCUACAUCUUCCAUAUACUUUUCCACAGCAAAUGCUGAUGGAUAAUAUGCAUUUUGUAUCUCCUGCAGUCCCACACAUAGGGGGCCCUAUUUGCUCCUUUUUUCCUUUAAUGUAUUUAUAAAUUCCCUUUGGAAUCUCCUUUUAAUGCUAUUUACCAAAACUAUCUCAUGUCCCCUUCUUGCCCUCCUAAUUUCCCUCUUAUAUAUACUCCAGCUGCUUUUAUAGCCUUCUAGGGAUUCACUUGAUCUCUGCUGUCUAUACCUGACAUUUGCUUCCUCCUUUUUCUUGAUCCAAACCUCAAUUUCUCUUGUCAUCCAGUAUUCCCAACACUUACCAGCCUUGCCCUUCACCCUAACAGGAACAUACUGUCCCUGAACACUUGUUGUUUCAUUUUUUGAAGGCUUCCCAUUUUCCAGACUUCUCUUUACCAGCAAACAUCCACCCCCCCCAAUCAACUUUUGAAAGUUCUUGCCUAAUACCGUUAAAGUUGGCCUUCCUCCAAUUUAGAACGUUACCUUUUAGGUCUAUCCUUUUCCAUCACUGUUUUAAAACCAAUAGAAUUAUGGUCACUGGUGCCAAAGUGCUCCCCUACGGACACCCCAGUAACCUGCUCUGCCUCAUUUCCCAAGAGUAGGUCAAGUUUUGCUCAUUCUCUAGUAGGUACAUUCGCAGACUGAAUCAGGAUUUUCUUCUACACUCUUAAAUUCCUCUCUAUCCAAGCCUUUGACACCAGGGUAGUCCCAGUCUCUGUUUGGAAAGCUAAAAUCCUCUACCAUAACCACCCCAUUAUUCUUGCAGAUAACUGAGGUCUCCUUACAAAUCUGUUUCUUGUUUUCUGGCUGACUAUUGGAGGGAUCUAUGGUACAAUCCCAAAAAGGUGAUUAUCCAUUUCUCAGUUCCACCCAAAUAACUUCUCUGGACAUGUUCACACUUAUCCUGCCCAAGUACAACUUAUCCCUAACCUAAAAUGCCAUUCCCCAACUCUUUUGCCUACCGCACCCCAACCCAUCCUUCCUAUAGGAUCUAUACACUGGAACGUUAAGCUGCCAAUCCUGUUCAUCUCUGAGCCAUGGCUCUGUAAUUGCUUUUGUAAUCGAUAUCCCAAUCCCAUGUUCCCAACCAUGCUGAGUUCAUCUGCCUUACCUGUUAGGCAUCUUGGCAUUAAAAUAAAUGCGGUGUAAUUUAUCAGUCUUACCUCUUUAAUCUUAAUACCCAUUGUGUAACUGUAGGAUAGGUUUUGAUGAUGAUCACGUUAUUGCUGUACAUCAACACAUUCACACUGGGCGAAGAUAAUCCACCUGCACUGUGUGAAAAGGGAUUUCCUGGUUCAUCAGGACUGGUUAAUCACCAUGCAUACCCAAGAAUGUAUAGGAAUUGUUUGUUUUUUGAUGCUCCUAUUCAUUGUAUCCAAGCCAUGUUAUCUGGGCCUGUUUCUGAUGAUGUUUGUAAAGGCCAGAUUUCUGGUUACCUUUUUGGAAGAAAAAUGACAUAAUAGUUUUAACAAAAGCUGACUUGUGCAUUGAAUCCUUACCUUAUCUCUAGCCGGCUAAUUUAUUUUGGAAGGCUCUCCAUCUCUUCCAUCCUCACUUCCAACAAACAUGAGGAACUCAUGGAAUUUAUUUCAUUACUCAGAAUGAAGCAGUCAGUACAUCCUAUAAUACUGAAAAUUUAGUACAGCAUUGGAGUUCUGUGCAUGCAAACAGACCAUUUGGUCCAAUCAUACGUGCCAACCAUAUCGUCCCAUUUGGCCUACCCCAUCUAAACCCUAUUCGUAUACUCAAGUGCCUUUUAAUUGUUAUAAUUGUACCAGCCUCCACCACUUCCUAUGGCAACUCGUUCCAAACACUCACCACCCACUGCGUGAAAAAGUUACCUCUAAGGUCCCUUUUAAAGCUUGUAGGGGUGGGGUUGGGUUUCAAGUGCUGUUGGCUGUGUGAAAACUUGCCAGUGUGCUGAGAUCCAGAGAGUAUUCAACAUGGUAAAGGACAAAAAGAGACGAAACAAGAGUCAAAAAGGCAUUGUCACAGACUAGUUAAGGUACAAGAGGUUUUGUCAAGGGUGAACGGUAUUUAAUACUUGGAUUCUGAUGAAUAAGGCAGGUGAGUUGAGGAUACAAACUGAAAUACAGAGUUAUAAAGACACUGCUGUCACUUAGACUUGAUUACCAGCUCAAUAUUCCACGAUGCAGGGUUUUCAUGUGAGGCAGCGGAGAUAGUAAAAGAGAAGACAUUAUUUUGUUCAGGGAAUCUAUGAAGCAAUACAGAGGGAUAACUUCUUAGAGUACUCCUCAAAUAAACCCAUAUAGUUAGAACUAGAAGAGCAGUUAAGGAGGCAAGUAUAAAAACAGUAGGUUGUGAUAGCAGGGGCUUUUAACUUUCCCAACAUUAAUGAAGUCAUCAUGGUGUGAAGGGUUUAUCAGAAUUUGUCAAAUACAUGCAGGACAUCUUUUUCAAGCCAAUAAGUAGAAGCCGCAACAAAGAAGGGGAAGGUCCGUGACAUAAUUUUGGGUUACAAAGUUGAGCAAGUGAUUGAAGUGUCAGUGGGAAGCAUUUUGCACUGUUGUUAGAACUGUUUUCAAUUCAGGAUUAGUAUGGAAAAGGACAAGAACGGGUCUGAGGUCCUAAACUGGUGCUGCAAAUUAUGAAGAAAAAAAAUGAAGUCUGGCCUUAAUUGUAAGGUGUUUAAGGAAUUUAAAAAUAAGGAGAUCUUGUAACAACUGUAUAGGAUGUUGGUGAAGUCAUUCCUGAUAUUAUUUACAGUUUUGGUCCCCACAUUCAAGAAUGAAUGUGCUGGCAUUGAAUGCAGUGCAAAAGAGAUUUGCUGAGCUGCUUCAUGGAAUGAAGGGGUUGGCCUAUCAAGAAUAGAUGGAGAGGAAGGGAACUUACUGAGGGGAAAUUCUAAAUCAUUUUCUGCCCAGCGUAGGGCUCACACUCUCAGCCCUGCACUUAAGCAGCAUGUUGUUAUAACAACUGAGCUAACCUGGCCGCUGCAAGAAUGUACAAAGAACAAAGAAAAUUACAGCACAGGAACAGGCCCUUCAGCACUCCAAGGCUGAGCCAAUCAAGAUCCUCUGUCUAACUUGUCAUCUAUUUUCUAACGGUCUGUGUCCAUUUGCUCCCUGCCCAUCCAUGUACCUGUCCAAAUAUAUCUUAAAAGACGCUAACGUGUCUGCGUAUACCACCUCCGCUGGCAACGUGUUCCAGGCACCCUUGUAGAAGGUAUUUGCUUUAUAAAAUCCCAAGGUUCCAAUGCAUUCCUUUCAGUCACAUUGUAAUCCAUCUUUGGCGUUUACUCCAGAAUUUAAUAUUGAAAACUAAUUUAGUGAUGUUGUUGCUGUCAUAUUUAAGCAGCCUGUAUGACUCCAGUCACUCUGUCAGAUGGUGAAUAAAUCUGUGAAUCUACUUCAAGAAACCCAUUCAUUUCUGCUACAGACUGUAAGAAAUGUCCAUUUGUCUGCCAAGUCUCACACAACACUUCCAGGACUUUAUUUGUUCUAUGCAUCAGCAACUUCUGCCAAUUUUCAUGUUAUUGACUGCAUUUUCAGACAUUGGUUAAAAAGAUUCCAAGGACCAGAGGUUUCUGAUGCGGUUGUGUGGCAUCAUGCUAAUGGUACAGAGAAAUAAACAGGCUUAAAAGAUGAGGAAAGAAAUGUACUUUGUAUUUUUCAGUGGAGACUGUUCAGUUACUGUGUUUACAAGGUGUAGAGCUGGAUGAACACAGCAGGCCAAGCAGCAUCAAGAGGAGCAGGAAAGUUGACAUUCUGGGUCUAGACCCUGCUUUAGAACCUGGGCCUGCUGUGUUUAUCCAGCUCUACACCUUGCUACCUCAGAUUCUUCAGCAUCUGCAAUUCCUACUAUCUCACUUACUGUGUGCUUGUUUCUUACAAAAUGGAUGAUUGCUCUGUGAAGAUUUCAGUGUUUAAACAGACUGACACCAAGUCCUUGUGCACAAAUAUUUAAGGCAUUAGACACAUAGAAAAACAAACCAUCCAAACAAAGAAUGCUGGAGAAAUUCAGCAGGUCUGUUAGCAUUUGCGGAGAGAGAAACAGUGCUAAGAUCUUCGAACUAACAUGAUUUUUCUCUCAUCACAGACACUGCCAGACCUCCUGUGUUUGUAUGCUGCUUUCUGUUUAACAGCAUAAAGCUGUUUUCUCGAGAAAAGAGAAGCUUGAAAGAUGACCUGAGAGAAUUGGGAAGCUUUGCAGGGAUUUGAGGCAAAAUUGGUGUUGAGGUUGGGAACCCAUGACAGAUUUAUGAAAUGGUAAAAGCCAUUAUUAAAUGGUUCAAGACCUCUCCUGCUCCCUGCAAUAACUGCAAAAAGAGAAUCCCCCUAGCCUUCACAUACCACCCCACCAACCUCCGGAUACGACGCAUCAUCCUCCGACACUUCCGCCAUCUACAAUCUGACCCCACCACUAAAGAGAUUUUUCCAACCUCACCCUCGUCUGCCUUCCAGAGAGACCACUCUCUCCGCGACUCCCUUGUCCGCUCCACACUCCCCUCCAACCCCACCACACCCAGCACUUUCCCCUGCAACCGUAGGAAGCGCUACACCGGCCCCACACCUCCUCCGUCACUUCCAUCCCAGGCCCCAAGAUGACUUUCCACAUCAAGCAGAUGUUCACCUGCACAUCCACCAAUGUGGUAUACUGCUUCCUCUACAUUGGGGAAACCAACCGGAGGCUUGGGGACCGCUUUCCAGAACACCUACGCUCAGUUCACAAUAAACAACUGCACCUCCCAUUCCUUAGACAAUAUGUCCAUCCUGGGCCUCCUGCUGUGCCAUAAUGAUGCUAUCCAUAGGUUGCAGGAACAGCAACUCAUAUUCCACUUGGGAACCCUGCAGCCUAAUGGUAUCUGAUGAAGGGUCUAGGCCUGAAACAUCAGCUUUUAUGCACCUAAGAUGCUGCUUGGCCUGCUGUGUUCAUCCAGCCCCACACCUUGUUAUCUUGGAUUCUCCAGCAUCUGCAGUUCUCAGUAUCUCUGAGCCCAAUGGUAUCAAUGUGGAUUUCACCAGCUUCAAAAUCUCCCCUCCCCCAACUGCAUCCCAAAACCAGCCCAGCUUGUCCUCGACUGCCUAACCUGUUCUUCCUCUCACCUGUCUCCUCCUCCCACCUCAAGCCGCACCUCCAUUUCCAACCUACUAACCUUAUCCCACCCCCUUGACCUGUCCGUCCUCCCCAGACUGACCUAUCCUGUCCCUACCUCCCCACCCAUACUCUCCUCUCUACCUAUCUUCUCCUCUUAUGUUAGAUGUUUGGAUUUUGUUUUCAGUCACAACCAGUGAACCAUUUCAAUGUUUUCCACUGGUGUUAAUAACUCUAGUUCUCAGUCUUUAUAUGUACCAUAACAAUUAAAUCAAACAG